ACGUGACGGGCCUCCAGGGUGCUCGUGCCAAUCAACGAGUGCAAUGGUGGGAAGCCCGUGCGACUGUCAUAUUUACUUUGUGCUCGAGGAUUACAGUACCAUAGCUCCCUCCGGUCGAGUCAGUUCUAUCGUCUCACAUAACCUUGUUGAUACUCUGUAAGGAUGAAUUCUUGUGCAACAUUCACCAUCCUGUUCAGACCUGUUCAGAGCCGAGUUAACGUCCUGUUGUGCAGGUCAUCCGGAUAUUAUAUGAUCGAUCUUCAUUCCUUCAGAUUUCGGGCAAGAUAUCAUCUUGUCAUGGUAUUACCCGACAAACAUGUGGUUGUUCCCAAAAGAGACGCUAACAAAACUAGCAGCGAAUAUCAUGUCAAUCUUCAGAUGAUUGCCCGAAAUAUUGACACUUGCAUCAUAAUUUUUUUCUGCAGCCCCAUCGACGUACUGUAUCGACGCUCUUCUCCGUAUUGGCAAAUCCUUCGCUCGGUGAAAAAAAAGAAAACAUGAACAGCCACAGUUUUAUUGCGCCACAAAAAUAGCCUCUGCUCUUGUGGGUCGUUCUGUCAUCGGUGGUUCCGGCAUCCGAGCAU